UAUCCUCAGCUGUUUGUAAACAAAAAAAAAUAGAAGAUUCAAUUCAUUCAAUAGUGAGAGAGAUUGAUUCGAUUGAUUGAACUUUUUCCGUUUCCUGUGCUAUCCCCCAAGAGGUUCUGCACCAGAAUGUUUCCCAGAUUUCCGACUCUAAACCCAAACAUGGUUGACACUGCCUGGUUCAAUGUUGAUCAGCCCUGCGAUGAUGAGACUGAAGUAGCUGAAUUGGAGAAGGAACAUCAGGCUUGGAGAAAUGCCAUAUCGCAAUGGAACAGCGAUUUAAUUCCGAUCGGAAAAUCGGCUUCCGAGAAUUUGGAGGAUGAGGAGGAAGAAGAGGACGAAGACGACAAUGACGAUGAUGACGACGAGUCUGAGACUCACGACGAAGAGGAAGAAGACGAAAUUGUGAUGGACGUAUCUCAAGAGAGAAAUGUGUCUCAAGAGAGAAACAUGUCUCCGGUGGACGUCACCAUUCGGAUGGCCCCAGCGUAGAUCGCAGGUUACUUUUUAAAUUAAUUAACUUCCCAAAAGUUGAAAUCUUAAUUAAUGACUUUGGUCAGUUUUAAUUAUUUGCUAGUUAAUUACAUGAUAUCAUUAAAUACGCAUAUACUAUUUGUUUCAA